CAUGAGCAGCGGCUGGAUGCCAUCAAGCCACUACUCAAGAUGGGCAAUGUGGAAGACGAUACGGUGAGCCGGACACAGUGAGGGAAGGGGAUCAGAGGAGAUGCACUGACUGCACGUUCUGGUUGUGGUUGCCCUGUUAAGCAAUUGGUGUCGACGAGUGUGUCGGGGUCCACGGUGUCGGUGACGACAGGCGUAGCGAAAUCGCUGGGCGACGACUCUACCUUUGCCAACAGAUUCAUCAAGUUCGCCUGCACAGACUUGGGCCUUUUGAGAGCUCGCUUGUAUCCCCUGUCUGUCUGUCUGUCUGUCGUGUCAGGUACGGCCCUACGGUUCGUGCGCCCAUCGAGCAUGUCCGGCGCAUUGUCGAUGUCGUAUCUCGUGCCCACAUGAAAGGGGCAGCCAUCACAGCGGCUGACGUGCGGGGGGCGAUGGGUGACCUGGCCAUCAACGGAUACCGACACGCACUCACCAUGUAACAGCGACGAGAACACACAGAGCUGCUCACCACACAAUGCCCCGACGGCUGUUCUCUGUCUGUGUGUUGGUUUGUGUCAGGUACGGUUUGGAUAGCGAUCGCUAUUUGGGGCCCGCUGACGGCCUGCUGACCACCGAGCACCUGCACAAGAUGCGGCAGUGGUGUGAGGGCGAGGAGGACGCCCCCGCACACAUCCCCUCGUGUGUGGGCGACCCGGUGAUGCGCAUAUACAAGUGAGAAGGGCAGGCCAGACAGAUGUGAGCAUGCCGGCAGUUUCUCGUCAUGCCCGUGUGUCUUGAUGUGCAUCCCAUGUCAGGGCGACUGUGGAUGGGUGGAAGUGGUUGGAUUUCUUCGAGGCCGUCAACGGCCGCUCCCCCCUGCUGCUCAUCUCGAAGGUGGCCGACAGCAAUGAGCUCUUCGCCAUCAUCAUCGAGGGGCCUAUCGAGGUCACGGGGACGGCCAAGAGCCGCAGCGACACGAAAUCGUACGCCUUCAAGCUGCAGGGGACAGACAGCCACCCACACGUGGGCUACAUCGGCUGGAACAACAAGAUGUCAAUCGCGGGCACACAGGUGGGUGCCUACCUGAAUGAGCCAGGCAGUCAUGGUGAUGGUCUCCUCUUUAUCCAUGUGUGCAGGACAGAGUCACUCCCCUCAUCGACUUCAUUUCACCCGCCUCCUACGCGACGGCCGUCCUCGCCGCUGCAUCUUUCUACUUCGGCGUCCGUCCGGCCGCCCAGAUGGGACAGAUCGGCGCACCAGCAGCAGCCAGCGAUGAGAUCAUGAAACGAUGCCAGGGAGUCGUGCUGGAAGAAGAGCAGGCCGACGAGUGGCGGCAGUGGCAUCGGCCGAGUGUGAGGCUCAGCGACUACGGCGGUGACACUGACGCAGUGCUCCUGCCUGUGUCUGUGAAGGGAUGGCACUUCGACAUUAGUGAGCUGGAGGCAUACAAGUUGGCGUGAGUGAGGGAAGGAGGGAGGGGGACGGUGGCACGGGUGCUGGAUUCAUGCGUUGGAUCGACACGCGCUUUGUACAGAUGACAGUAGCUGUCGGUGCUGCCUGCCUGUGCGUCGGUCUGUCUCUCACUCAGAUGGAAGCAUACCAGCAGCCAAACCGCCAUUCACACGCAAUUGAGCAGCACCGAUAGUCAGUCAGUGAGUCCAUCCUUUGGGUGGACUCUAUCUGUUGGUUUCUGCGUAGUCUGUCUGUCGAGCGUGUGUGGUUGAAAUGGACAAGGGCGGG